AUGAGCCAGGGUGACUGGAAGGAGCCCUUGUUACACCGCUUGGAUACUCACCGACAACCCCAGCAUCCCUGCCAUACAUGCGGACACAGUCAGCACCAGCGUCAGCGCCGCCCACAGCGUCAAGGUCGACAACGGUCAGAUCUGGUGGUCGCUGGUCAUCGAGCCCGCCAUAUCCCAACAUUAUCGCAGGCUGCCGAGGAACUCGAAGACGCCCUGGCGGACCUUGCUGGUCAAGAUCUGUCUCAUAAAACGCUGCUGAUCCUCGACGGGCCACUGCAGAUCAGAAAAUCGACACUGAAGAACAGUCGAGUCAACACGAUCAAAUCAAUAGGCUCAAGUGUAUCCAAAGAAAAAAGUGUUAAAGUCAAGAAGGAGACGAAAGAUAAGCCUCGCCGAUCGGGCAAAGAUAGGGAGAGGGACUUGGAUGAGAGGGAGGCCGAGGCAAAAGUCCUGGCAUCAAUGCCAACCAUCAAAAAGGAAAAACCCAAGAAAUCAUUCCUGGGCUUUCGCAAGCAAGGCCAAGCGCUGCGAGAUGCAGCUAGCGUCGGCUCACGGUCGGAGGAUUCCAUCCACAUGACAUUGGAAUCGCGUUCUCCCAAUCUCCCUGCUCAGGCCCCCACGCGGGACAGCCUGCUACUUCAAUUACCUCGUCUGCAAACUAAUGAUCUGCAAACUAAUGAUCACGAGAAUCCCUUCGAUCACAUCGCGGAAAAAGCAGUGUUAUCGGGUAGCCCCGGCCAGGUCGCCAUGGAGGGCUUGGAAGUAGUGAAGCCCGUAGGCUCGAAACUUCGUCAGAGCUGGGCGAUGGUCUCGACUGCCCAGGCGAGCAGGGUUCAAUUCACCGAACAGAUAUAUGAACUUCCCGCUACUCCCCCGUCGCCUUCAACCGUGGUCCCUCCGCAGAUCAAGCGCCAUGUUCCAUUUAAUGCCACCCUCCCCGAAGAUAUGCCGGCGGAUUUGCUUCUGUCAAUCAUGCAGAACAUCGACUCUCUAGAUGACCUUUUCAACUUCGCCCUUGUCAACAAAAAGAUUUAUACUACUUUCAAAGGUCGCGAGCUGGCCAUGCUGAAAAAUGCAUUGUUCAAAAUGUCACCGCCUGCUUGGGAACUACGCGAGAUGAGUCCGCCAUGGGAAAUGGAGUGGCAACUCCUUGUAGAUCCCGACUCCCAGGUUCCAGAAUAUACGCCCACGCUGUAUCUUCAGAGAUACGCGCAGGAUAUCUACACUCUCGCCAAGCUGAAGGCAUUGGUCCUAGCGCGGUGCGCUCCGUUCCUGCGUCGCGAUACCAUCCGUGGUCUGGCGGGCGUGGACAACACCCGCGCUGAGGAAGUGGACGAUGCGUUCUGGCGGCUCUGGACCUUCUGUCGGAUCUUUGGAUGCGGUAAGGGGCGAGAGAAUGAUAUUGCUGGUCAAAUGGACUGGUUGAAGGGUGGUGUCCAAGCAGAGAGUCACUUCACCUCGUCUUCAACGAUGACACAACCUUUCGGUAUGAAUAAUGUUCUAUUUGAACCACCCGAGGGAUUUGGUCGUGGGAAUCUUUCCGGUCUAUCGCAGAAGCAGAUGUACGAUCUAACGGAGAUCUGGACUUGCAUGGGUGUUCUGUUGCAGCCAUUGCAUGGAAAGUGCAUUGAAGCUCGCAAAGUCGGCAUCUUUGAUACCUUGGACGUCCCAGAUGGUGAACUGGCUCUCGAAGAGACCGUUCUCGAGGAAUGGACCUCAUACAUUCUUACUCUCGGUCUGGGCGCAGUGCUAACACUCAGCGCUGUCUGUCCGGCCGACACUACCGCCGCCACAUUCCUCAAGGCGCAAUCAAUCGGCCUCACGAAAUGGGAAGCAACCGAGACCGAAACAAGACGAUCGUCAUUCCUAAAAGAAGCAGUCUCACGCGCCUACGAACUCGAGGAACGCGCACUUAACACCCCGACCGAAAUUAGCCCGCAAAAAACAAGCCCUAAUGAAAGCGACCGCGAGAUCCGUGAGCGCCAAGCCGGAUUCGCCUAUGAGCUUCGCCGCCGCCGUGAACACGGUUUCGAGCCCGACCCCAACGGCCGCUUUUCCUUCUCUGCUGAACGCCCUAUGUCGGAGUUUAGCACUAUUGUCCAUAAUCUCAACGGAUCGCUUCGAGAUCACCGCCCUAUUCCAUCUGUGCCCGCCCUCAUUCUUGACAGGUCCUCAACUUCAACUUCUGGGACGGCUCCCCAAACCCCGACUCACCCGUCCGACUCUGUCAAUGUCCUUACUCCAUCACAUACACCACCGCCACCGGCUAUGGUUCCUCUGCCUCUUCGGCCGCAGGUUCUCGACCCUGUCGACCGCGCUAUUGAUAUGAUGGUCAAUGAACUUGGUUUUACUACGCAAGACGCUAAGUGGGCUCUUAAGAUUACGGAUACUGGUGAGGGGAUCGAUGCUCAUGCUGCUGUGCAGUUGCUUCAGCAUCAACGGAAAAAGAACAAGAACAAUCCCUUUGGCCAAGGCAAUACCCUACUCGCAGAUGUUAUUAAGCGUCAAAAGUCACAAGAAUUGGGCUGGCGCUGGGCUUGA